AUGCCUCUGUUCGAGACGUCGACCAACAUCCAACGAGAAUCAGACAUGGAGGCCAGCGUCCUGAAGAGAAGUCACGACGACUUCUCCGGUGACGAGGUCACCAUCGAGGAUCGCGGUUUGCAGACCGGCGUCAAGCAUCAGGCCACCGAGGCCGUCGUCCAACCCACCAACAAAGCCAUGUCCCCCAUCUGCGAGAUGCCCGCCCGCGACACAUCGCCAUGCCCAAGCAGCCCAAGCUCGCUGACCGACGCUGGCACCCUCACACCAGAACGCGGUUCGCCCUCACCCGACCUUACACCUAACAAGAGCACGAGUCCCCUGAAGCAGUCCACAAUCGCCUUUCCCGCUUCAUCAUCAAACACCCCUGCCUCAAAUCCUACUACCUCAACAACCCAACCUACCAAACGGAAGCGCCGGACCGCAGCCGAAAAGGAGGCCGAGGAAAAGGAAAAGGCACAUAAGAAGAAGGAGCGCGAAGAGAAAAAAGAAGCCAAACAGGCCGAGAAAGCAAAGGCCGACGCUGAAAGACAAGUCAAACAGGCCGAAAAGGCAAAGGCCGACGCUGAAAAGCAGGCCAAACAAGACGAGAAGCGCCGCAAGAAGGAAGAGGAAGAACGUAAAGUGCAACAGGAAAAGGAGAAGAAGGAGCGUGCCCAGCCGAAGCUCAUGUCCUUUUUCAAGGCACCCGCCACACCCAAGAAGGAUGCUGUGGUGCCUAUGAUGAAGAUGGGGAGCCCUUCCAAAGCCACACUUACUCCAGACGCCAAAACACCCGCACUCAAGAAGGAGGAGCUAUCAGAAUAUGAGAAGCGGUUCAAGCCGUUCUUUGUGCAAAGCAAUGUUCGCCUGGCCAAGAGCCCCUUCGAGAUGGACGACGAGGCACACGAGGCCAAGACGAGGAUAUUGGGAGAAUACUUUGAUGGGAAGAGGGAGUCAACACAAGCGGGCAGCUUUGACCCCGUCGAGGUUUUCCAACUUAGCAGUCGUCCUGCUCCGCGAGGCAGAAUCUAUCCCCCAGUGCGGUUCAGCAUUGAAAAGAUGCGAAAGCUCACACAGGAAGCAAGCAGCGAGGAGGACAAGAAGGCAAUCGCAAAGGACAUUGCAGAUGCGCUGAGAAAGGUCCCCACAAAGUCACUCAAGUUCUAUCAGGAUGUGCGCCCCCCUUACAGAGGCACCGUCACCCUCCGGCCCUAUCAAGCAGGCAAAUCUGGCAUGCGACGCCUCGCCCGAAAGCCCACUCGCCGCGACCAACUCCCCGUGAACUACGACCACGACUCGGAAGCCGAAUGGGAAAGCGAAGGCGAGGACGUCGACAUUGACGACGACGAUGACGAGGAUCUCGAUGCCGACGGCGAAGACAUGGACGAGUUCCUCGACGAUUCGGAAGACAACGGCCCUGCUCGCUUCGUGAGUGCCAACGGCCUCGAGCCUGAGAGCACCGGAGUCUGUUGGGAGGAUCGCACACGCAAGGGUCCCAAUCGUACUGUAUACGAACACAAGAUGGAAUUCAUUCUGGAGAGCCUCGAACACCACCACAGCAUCGAUCCUUUCUCGACGAAAUACUGGGAACCCGAACCGAAGCCCAAGCCUGUCGGCCGCCCGCCCAAAGACAAAGCGGCCAAGGCCCAAGCGACCAAGGACAAGCCUGCCGCAGACUCGAAGCCGGUCGACGCCUUUAAGGCACUUACAUGCGGUGGCACAAAGAGCAGCGUACAGUCGCUACCGAAGAAGAUCUUGGAGAACAACAACCUCCAGGAGCUCAAAAAGGUCAUUGAGGCGAAUCCCAAGAUCGCCAAGGGUGGCCUGGUCGACCUCUCAUACGUUGCACUUGCCCACGCCAAAAUUUCCCGCAACGACCUGAAGGAGGCCAUCGCCAUGAUUGCAGAAAAGGUCGGCGGUAAAGGGCUUGCCGGCUCCUGGGCUAUCAAGUCAGGUUUCGACGUUUGA